UUUUCUCUUCAUUAGUUCAGAUUUGUGCUCAAAAUCUAGAUUUCUAUUUCGCAAUCUGAAUUCGAUAAUCCGACUACGGGUAUUGCUCUCUCUUAUCAAUCAAUUAACUAACAGAACUUCAUGGUCAUUGUUUCGCUUGUCUUAUUAAUUGCAGUCUUCAGAACGAAUUCGAAUCACACCGUGAUCCAGUCCUACAACUUGACGGCAUUCCAGAGCUGCUCCUUCGACGACGCCUCCGAUAACGACACGCUUCAGUACAAUGGCGGAGAUACCGACUUCAACAAGCCAUUGAUCAUUCAAGUGCCACUGACCAUCAAAGGUUCGAACUACUUCUUCUCCGACGCCAAUGACGGAGUUCAAUGUCAAGAAGGUAUGGCCUUCGAGAUCCAGGUCAAUACCGGGCUCGGUUUGCCGCCAAGCCUGAAUCAGCCGCCUCCACCUCCUUAUGCGACGCCGCCGGAUUCCAAUUCGGUUCAGAUGCCUCCAUUGAUGAUUCCUCAAACAAAGAACAACGGCAGCCACAAAACCAUCGCUAACUCACGCCGAGAUUUCUUCUUCAUCGCGGUGAUGGUGUUGCUGCUACUCUGCUAGACGGCCGAGGUCAGAUUCGAGAUCACAGGCUUCCCUCCCUGUCCUCUGUGUGGCAGUUUUGUAAUAUAUAGAUAUAUAUACUUCCAGUUCAUUGAUAUCAAUAGAG